AUGGCAUCACAAAAGCACGUCGCGGAGGUUCCGCGCACCAUCCUUCCUCGCUUGACCUGGAAUAGCUCCUCCUCCCGGCCUUCGAUCACCGUAUCCCACUAUCCCGCGCUCGGUCGAAAGCGCCCACUCUCCCAAGGCUGGACUCCUUUAAAACGAACAAUCCACUCAUCGAACUCGUCCUUCCAACAUUCACACAUCGCUUCCACCUCCUCUCGAACCUUCAUCUCCAGCGCUCUCGUUUCCCGACAGCCCUCUCCUACCAAGCCGAACACCCAGAACACAAACCCCAUCCGACACAAUGGAGUAUAUGUCGCAACCUUCAAUCCAGCUCGUCGCGCGUUCCAUGCGACCCCUGCUCGCCCUAGAGACCACCACUUUGAUACCUUAAAGUUCGUCAAGCGCCUCCAAACCGAGGGUUUCAGCGAGGAACAAUCCGUGGCCAUGAUGCGGGUCCUGAAUGAUAUCAUCCAAGAAUCGAUCCAAAACCUGACUCGAACAAUGGUCCUCCGAGAAGAUUCGGAACGAUCAACAUACACACAAAAGGUCGAUUUCGCCAAACUCCGCUCCGAACUCCUCAACUCAGACUCCACCGAGGCGCAUGCCACCCGCUCACAACAUGAGAAGAUCACAGCGGAUCUUGCGAAGCUCAACUCGCGACUCCGCGAUGAGAUCGGCCGCACGCAGGCUUCCGUCCGGCUAGAUCUGAACCUGGAGAAGGGUCGGAUUCGUGAAGAAGCCAACAGUCAGGAGAUGCGGAUCAAGGAGACUGAAACGCGCAUUGAACAGGAGGUCGCUGGGUUAAGAGAGCGAGUGGAGGCUGUCAAGUUCUCGACUUUGCAAUGGCUUAUGGGUGUUUGCACCGGUACCGCUGCUCUUAUUCUUGGUGCCUGGCGUCUGUUUAUGUAG